AUGUACUGGGACACCAACCCCGACUGGAAGCUGUGCAAGUUCGGCAGGCAGCAGUCACCCAUCAACAUCGAGCCCAGGCGUCUGCUCUACGACCCCAACCUGAAGCAUCUCAAGAUCGAGGCCACCACGGUAAACGGCCUGCUACGUAACACCGGUCACGACAUUUUGAUCGACGUGUACAAGGAGGAGACCCGGUACAUCAACAUCAGCCUGGGGCCCUUGUCCUACAGCUACCGGGUGGCCGAGGUUCGGUUCCAUCUGGCGAACAACGACAGUGUAGGCUCGGAGCAUCGGGUGGGAGGCAGGUCAUUCCCUGCAGAGAUGCACAUCAUAGCGUACAACACCGAACUGUACAGAAACCUCAGUGAAGCAGCUAAGGGUGUUAAAGGAUUAGCGAUUAUCGCAGUGUUCUUAGAGGUAGGAAAAGAAAUGGACAAAGCUUUUUUCUUUAUCUUCAAAGAUUUGCAGAGCCUAAGGAACAGAGGUGAUAACGCUCAGCUCCACGAUAUCUCACUGACCCACCUGAUACCCAAGACGGAUGAGUACGUCACAUAUGAGGGGUCGCUCACACAACCCGGCUGCUUUGAGACUGUCACCUGGAUCUUAAUGAACAAGCCUUUGAGGAUAGGUAAAGAUCAGCUCAAGGCCCUGCGGGUGCUAUUCAGGAGUCGCGAGAACGAAUCCAACAUGGCCCUCGAGAUCAACUCCAGACCGUUGAUGCCACUCAACCAUCGGGUGGUUAGGACCAACAUCAACACUCCAUCUAAGACUCGACUGUGUAAGAUGGACAGGGACAUGUACUAUGAAGUUAAUGAACGCUACUUCAGAACAUGACGAGGGUGAGGGAUAUGGCUCAGCAUCUACUGCUCAUGUGUGUGAGGCUAAAGUUACUGUAGGA